AUGAAUGACACAUUCUAGUGAUUCACGUUAAAACACACAGCAUGUUUACACGGAUAAAUAUGUAGAUUUACAAACGAAAUGUGAAUCUUAGCAUUGGGUUGGGAUAAUUUAUUAUGAAGAAAGAUUAAAAGAGACUAAAGAUGGUUCGAGACAGGCUGGCCGAACUGCAGUCCCGAAGCACCGAAGAUGGUGAAUCGAGGACGAGCAAAAAGGAGAAAAAUGGAACACCCCUGUUGAGCUCAGAGCAACAGCUCACUGAGUGUCUUGAUCGCGUUACACUCAUAGACAACAAAAUACGCAAAAUGAGAGACGAUGUUGAGGAAAUGAGUAAAUUGCAGAGAAAUAUUGUUUCAAACCCUCUUAUAGACAAAAGUGAGGUGAAGCGACUUGAUCAAACGUCCGACAGGGUAUUCAACACUUCAACACAGAUUCAAAAGGAAAUUAAUAGUUACAGACAGGAAGUGAAAGAUCUGUAUUUGGACCCAAACCAUGAACGCGUGGUAAAAACGCACCUGGACAGGUUAAACAAGGAUGUUACAAGAACAAUGAAUGAUUUCCGUGGGGCACAAGUAGACUACAUUGAAAAAUCGCAGAAAAUCCACCACAAAAAAGUGGAAAUAGUUGGUGGCGAGGCAAGUACAUCAGAAGCUGUAGACCCAAGUCAGGUCCAAACGUCCGUUUUCGGUGCUGAUUUUCUGAUGGAGGCGCAGAAAGCGAAAAUGGAAUUACGCGAGAUUGAACAACGAGAUGCUGAAAUCAAGAAAAUUGAGAACAGUGUCAUCAUGGUGAAUGCUCUUUUCAAAGAGAUCAAUGCUCUCAUCAUGGAGCAAGGGGAGACCCUAGAUACCAUUGAGAAGCACGUUUUGGAGACCAAUGUUGCAGUAGAGUCUGCAGGAGUACAGCUUCACGAGGCUAGGACGUAUCAAGAAAAGGCGCGGAGGAAGAAAAUCUGCUGCAUUGGAAUUUUGGUUGCAGUGCUUGUCAUAGCGGGCAUCAUUAUUGCCAUUGUAAUUGUUACUAACAAGAAAGACGAAAAAUCCACUUAAACUGCUUUCUGAUUGUCCCCCUAUAUUUUUGGCAAUAGGCAAUCUUUUAUGUUUUGACAACAUCAGCAGUCCAGAGAUGAUGAAAUCAUAUGGCCAAGUUAUCAGAGUAGUCAAUUUUGGGGUCUGGACAACUUUUUAUUUAAUCAGCAUGUCCAUGGACAAACACUUUAAUAAAGCAAUACUCCCCUUAAAAUGAUUCAUUAAAAGAUUGAUUUCAAUGUUAUUUAAAUAUGCUUUUCACGCCAUUAAUUUUUUUCUUGAUUAUGCUUAUUCAUUUAUGCUCUGUUUAAGAUGCUCCAAUUGUUCUGGUACAAAAUUGAUUAACAUAGAUCAGUGCUCAAGUAAGGCAAAUUGGAAGGGCGCCCUGUCCCUCCGAAGCCCCUUCCUGCCUUUCCGAGAUGCCGCUCUGCCCUUUUAUUCAUUAAAAAAAAAAAAAAAAUGUUGAUUACAUUGUGCUUAAAAUAUUCCUCAUUGUAGACAGUUAAUUUGCAUGGUUUAAUUAUAAUGGGAAUACUAUGUUCUAACAAUAAUUAAUAACAUUAAUAUUCAUAUGCAACAGGGAGUAUUCCAGAUAUGCCCGUGCGCUCCAAAGUGCCCUUUUGACAAAAUACUGCGUGUUGAAAGUGCCCUUUUGACGAAAUAGCCUCCCCUGCCCUUUUCUAAUUCUAGCUGGAGCAUUGGAUAUAAGUGUCAAAAUGGUUAACAUAUUUAUGGUGAGAUCUAACCUGCUAUUUGGAUGUAAAUAUGAGUCAUGUUCUGAGAAAACUAGGGUUAAUGCAUGUGCGUAAAGUGUCGUCCCAGAUUAGCCUGUGCAGUCCGCACAGGCUAAUCAGGGACGACACUUUCCGCUUUUAUGGUAUUUUUAGUUUCAAGGAAGUCCCUCCUUACCGAAAAUCAAGUUUUGGCGGAAAGUAUCGUCUCUGAUUAGCCUGUGCGGACUGCACAGGCUAAUCUGUGAUGACACUUUACGCACAUGCAGUAAGUCCAGUUUUCUCAGAACGCGUCUCAUAUGUUCAGCUGGUUAGCUUGUGCAAUUAAUUUUAUACCAGUAAGCUUCUAUAAAGUCAAUAAAAAUUGUAUAGAACAAAAGCUAUAAAAACAUGAACAAAUAAAAUUUUGUAACAGUAACAUAUUAUUUUACCUUUUUGAUAUUCAGCAACUUUAAAAUAAACUGAUAGUAUAUAGAGAAUAUAUGGUUGGUGACUUUUGAUAUCAUGUGAUAUAAGACGAGUCUGAUAUGGCGUAGGAAAAGGCGAGGCUUGCCGAGCCUUUUCACACGUCAUAUCGGACGAGUUUUAUAUCACAUGAUAUCAAAAGUCACCAACCAUAUAUUCUAUUUAUUAUGCCACAUUUUAAAGUAAAUAAGAAAAUAUUCACAAAACAAACAAAAACAAACAACCGCUAAAUUCAUUGAUGUAAAUACGGUAAUAAAUAUGCAAAUUAGUAGCAACCUGUAGCUAAAACAUGGAACGCUAAAAAAAUCAUUGAGUAAACCAAAUAUGGGCAGAGUUUUAAAACGGAUAUUGAUGGGCGGAGCUUAAAACUGUUAUCGGAUGGGUAUCCGAUAACACUUUCAAAUAUCAUGUCAGCGUCUCCAACGUAAAUGCGCUGUCGUGGCAUAAUAAAUGAACAUAAUUCUACAUCUAGCAUUGUACAAUAAGUUAUUAGUAAAAAUUUUAAUCAAUAUCAAAUGCACACUGUUAUAUACAUGUACAUGAAGUAUAGUGUGAGGUACUGUCAAAUGGAUUUACCAUAUCCACAAGUGUUCUUUUAUAUUUAGUUGUCAAUUGGCAAGUAAGAUUUAGUCAGAUUUUUCCAGCCCAGCAAUCUAACUUAAACAUAGUCAUUAAUUUCAUUUGCUUGUUCUUUUUCACAAUACAUGUUCAAUUUAAUAUCAAACGCGCAGAAAAUGACUGUAUGAAAUAUAAGUAUGUCACUGUAUACUGAAUAUUUCUGUUUCAAUGUACGCAUGCGCAUCAAAAAUAACUUUAAAUCCAAGUCAUGUCAAAUUGAUAUUAUUACAUUGUUUUCACAUUCAUAGUCGAGUGGCUUUCUGGAAAAACCUGUCUUAAUGCGCCAUGUGCCCAAAGUAUCGUCCAGAGCAACCUGUGCAGUCCACACACAGAAACGACACUUUCCACUUAAAUGAUUUUUUUCCUCUAAAGCAUGUCUCGUAAACAAAAUCUAGUCUAGGAAGACAUUCUUGUCCUAGAUAAGUCCGUGCUGUCUGUACAAAUUAAUUUGGGGCAAUACUUUAUGUACAUGUAUUAGGACCUGUUUUGCCAGAGACUGGCUGAAGUGAAUUAAGUGCAUAUACUUCAAACAUUCCAUUUCACAGUUUUUAUUAACUUUUUGAAUUUUGCAAAUGUUAUUUAAAUGUAAUGAAAAUAAAGGUAAAUAAACGUGUAACUAUG